UUAGUCGAAGGAGAGUCUUCAUCGACGAACGUCAGCCCCACCUCUCUCUCUCUCUCUCUCUCUCUAUAUAUAUAUAUAUAUAUAUAUCACAGACUCACACACAUUCGGGUGUGUGUCGGGGGCUGCAGUACGCGGUGGCUAGAUUCGGUGAUGAUAAGAUAAAGACCCACAUUCCAACGAACACUGACUGUUCUUAUAUUUAAUGCGACUCUCUGUCGUGUACUCCAACUCAUAGUAUUAUUCUAUUUUAGGGGCAUUGGAUAUUGACCAUUUCCAUCACCCUCACGCUCCAUCGGCGUCUUUCCCUCACCGGUUUUUGUGGGUUCUUUCCAAUUCGAAUGUUUGACUGAUUUGUAAGCCACCGAUUACUCAGAAUUUGACGUAGAUAGAAAUCCCUACCCAUCUCGCAGAAGAUAACGACAAGCUCGCGGACAAAUAGGGGGAAGAUGUUUGAAAUCAUUUUACAGUGCAUUUUUAGCUUUCAUCAUCUCGAGGAGGAUAUCCAGUAACCGCCCAAGUUCGUCUUUGGAACGAUUUGUUCAAAUGGUUCAGAACAUGCCAUUCAAAGGCUUCUUCACGGAAUACGGUGAGGCAAAUUUGUACGAAAUCCAAGAGGUUGUUGGUAAGGGAAGCUAUGGUGUUGUGGCUGCUGCAGUUGAUACUCACACAGGAGAAAAGGUAGCUAUAAAGAAGAUCAAUGAUAUUUUUGAGCAUGUCUCUGAAGCCACUCGCAUUCUUAGAGAGAUCAAGCUCCUUCGGUUACUUCGGCACCCAGAUAUUGUGGAAAUAAAGCAUAUUAUGUUGCCUCCAUGUCGGAGAGAAUUCAAGGAUAUAUACAUUGUUUUUGAGUUGAUGGAGACAGAUCUCCAUCAUGUAAUAAAGACAAAUGAUGAUCUCACUCCUGGGCAUCAUCAAUUUUUUUUGUAUCAGUUGCUUCGAGCUUUAAAAUAUAUACAUUCAGCACAUGUUUUCCACCGGGAUUUAAAACCCAAAAACAUCCUUGCUAAUGCGGACUGCAAGUUGAAGAUUUGUGAUUUUGGGCUAGCUCGUGCAUCAUUCGGUGAUGCCCCAUCCGCUGUUUUUUGGACUGACUAUGUCGCCACGCGGUGGUAUCGUGCUCCUGAACUUUGUGGUUCAUUUUUCUCGAGAUACACCCCAGCUAUUGAUAUCUGGAGCAUAGGGUGUAUAUUUGCAGAAAUGCUUACCGGUGAACCUUUGUUUCCUGGGAAAAAUGUGGUUGAUCAAUUGGAUCUCAUAACUGAUCUUCUGGGAACGCCUUCUCCUGAAGCCAUUUCAAGGAUCCCAAAUGAAAAAGCACGAAGAUAUUUGAGCAGCAUGAGAAAGAAAGAGCCUAUUCCUCUGUCACAAAAGUUCCCAAAUAUUGAUCCUUUGGCUCUCAGGUUACUUGAGCGCUUAAUUGCUUUUGAUCCCAAGGAUCGUCCAUCUGCUGAAGAAGCAUUGGCAGAUCCAUAUUUUUAUGGGUUGGCAAAUGUGGAAGAUGAGCCAUCAACUCAGGCAAUUUCAAAAAUUGAGUUUGAGUUUGAAAGGAGGACGUUGACAAAAGAUGAUGUGAGGGAGCUAAUAUACAGAGAGAUCUUGGAGUAUCAUCCCCAAAUGCUCCAGGAGUACCUUCAUGGUGUGGAUCAGAUUCACUUCAUGUAUCCAAGCGGAGUUCACCAAUUUAAGCAACAAUUUAUCUGCCUUGAGGGGCGCCACAGUAAAGUAGACAGAACUCCAUUGCUAAGGCGCUAUGCCUCCUUGCCAAGGGAACGUGUUUGUUCACCCAUGGAUGAGGAUCUCGACCAGAGCACUAAAUCUAAAAAUCAAACCUUGCUUGCCAUACGACAUCCAUGCCUCCCUAGCCCCAAGAAAUCGCGGGAUAUCAAGGGAUCAGGAGUUACUAAUUCUAGUACAAAAGCUAGACAAGGUGGCUGUACGAUAGCAAGCUACAAUGCACGUUGCUUGCCGAGAAGUGCGAGCAUUAGUGCUUCCAUGUGCAUAGGUAUAGAAGGAGCAUACUACUGUGAGGUUUAAAUUAAUGGAUUACGUUCCUGCUUCUAAUAUCUGACGAUCAAACUCAACAGCCAUAUGCUCGCGAAUUAGGGAACAGAAUGUCACAGAAGUCACGGAGGACAAUGGCCAGGUAGAAUGAUAACAUUCGACUUUACAUGCGAAGGUUCUUGAUUUAUGCCCUGCCUGGAUUGAUCUUCAUGUCCUUUUCGUUUACGAGUAAAAUGUUGCUACCAUCUUGUUUAUACUGCGACAUUGAAUUAUGAAUGGCUUUCACAAUUAGUUCUCAUGCCUCCAACGCCAAUUAAAGAGCGAAAGAUCUUUUAUCACA